AUGAUAUGCAUAGAAUGCUCCAAAGAAGUCCCCAGUCUUUACACCAGAUUUGCUAAUGAUUACAUUAAAUUAACGUAUUGCAACAAUUGUAAUGCGGUAUGCGACAAGUACGUGGAAUUCGAUCUAGUGAUUCUUUUCCUCGAUAUUCUUCUAUUGAAACCUCAAGCAUAUAAGCAUUUGGUUUUCAACACCCUCUUGAACCAUGGCAACGACGGCGGAGCCACCAUCGCGUCCUCCCCCACCGAGACAGAAGAACCAAAAACCAUCUCGUUUCCCUCGUUGAUUCCUCAACCUGAUCAUCAGCACGAACACACCAUCAACAUCAUUGACUUACUACCUCUGGUUCUCAAACAGCCGUUGAUCCGGCUCCGUGAUUGGGUGAAAAGUUCAUCCCAGCUUGUACGGCUUGCAAUAUCAAUCAUUCUUUUUGAGGUGUAUCUCAAUUGGGCCUACGAGGAACUAGAACCAAAUAGCACAUUGUUAUUCAGUGAAAUUCUUGGGAGACAAACAAUUGUCCAGUACUUUAUAUUUUUCACCCAGUGCAUUGCUGAAUUUGUAUUUGCUCAUUUGAUGGUCCAGGUUUCCAUUUUUUUGUUAUAUCGAAAAUCAAUCCGUACCGCGAAUCCUCCAAUAUUAUAUUCCAAAGAAGCGAUCUCAACCACCACGUUAAUUGCUGGUGGAACAAAACUAUACCCUAUUUUGAUGCUUAUAUGGCCCUAUGAUUCACAACUAUCAACUAGUUUGAUCAACCAUUACUUCACCAACCUCACCCUCAUUGAGGCCCUUAGGAUAACUAUUGGAGUGAAGCUUCAUGAGAGUGUAAUCAUCACAAUAUUGGCAGCACUUUUCAAGAAAGUUUGCUCGACCCUUUUCCUAAUAUUUUUGUGCAAGUAUAUAAUUAUCAGAAACGAUUUAGCAGCGGUGUCGGCUUGGCAACUUGGGCAAGACGAAGUCGACCAUUUUGUCACAAGCUGUUAUUCUAAUUACCUAUCAAUUCGCCAAGUGGUAGCAGAGUUGUUUUGA